AUGCUCAGUAAUUGUUCCUACUUAGGAUGCACUGCUGAUCAGAAUGGCGACGAAACAGAGGAACUGUUGACAAUACAGGAUAUCAUUGACAACGACGAAUCUUGUCGCCAAACCGCUCGGGUUUUGCUUGGAGCUCAAGAUUCAUCGGUUUGCACGUAUCCUGAAGGAUAUAAGCCUCGACAGGCUUUGUUCGCUUGCCUCACGUGCGCUUCUGAUCCGGAAAAGAACGAGGCAGGUAUAUGUUAUGGCUGCUCCUUGCACUGUCAUGAUGGCCAUAAUAUUGUUGAGCUGUUUACGAAACGUCGCUUCAGAUGCGAUUGUGGCAACAAUAAAUUCCAAGCAAACUGCACGCUUUUCGAGGAAAAGGAUAUUCUUAACAAAAAUAAUUCGUACAAUCACAAUUUCGCCGGAUUAUUUUGUGUAUGUAAAAAGGCAUAUCCUUGUGAUGAAACAGAUGAGACAAUGCACCAGUGUGUAGUAUGCGAGGACUGGUUCCACCUCUCGCCUAGUAACUGCUUGCUCUCUACCUUGAACGUGGAUGUCUCUAUUAAACUUUGCAAGGAUUGCGCCACUCGGCUCCCCUUCCUCUCACGAUUAUGCAUCAAUGAAGUUGAUGAGGGUAUUGUGUGUUUUUCAUCAAUCUCAGAAACAAAAGAAGGACCAUUUCUCCUUGCUGACGGUUUUCGUAAUCGCUUGUGUCGAUGUGAGGAGUGCACGAAACUUUAUGAACGAUUCGGAUGCGAGUAUCUAAUCGAUCCUGAAGAUGAUAUUGAGGAGUUCACAAAAGAAAACAUUGAGAAGACGGCAAACGAGAAGGAGCCGGACGCGGAUACUAUAGUGAACGAGAUCGUGCAAACAGCCGGAAGGGAGGCUGCAAUUCAUGUACUACAAGGAAUCAACGCUCUUAAACGAAACUUACAGAACUUCAUGCGCGAAAAGCAAGAGGAAGGAGUCGGCAUAAUUACCGCAGAGCAUGUCAAUUCAUUCUUUGACAAAAUAAAGCGUAGCCGCACUGAUGAAGCUUCCGGAGAUGACUUUUGA